GCGUGCAGGCGGCUGCAUCGAGCUGCAGGAAAAGAUGGCGGUCUCCACAGGAGUUAAAGUUCCUCGUGAUUUUCGCUUGUUGGAAGAACUUGAAGAAGGACAAAAAGGAGUAGGUGAUGGCACGGUUAACUGGGGACUUGAAGAUGAUGAAGAUAUGACACUUACAAGGUGGCCAGGCAUGAUUAUUGGGCCACCAAGGACAAAUUAUGAAAACAGAAUAUAUAGCCUGAAAGUAGAACGUGGACCUAAAUACCCAGAAGCUCCUCCAUCAGUUAGAUUUGUAACAAAAAUUAAUAUGAAUGGAAUAAAUAAUUCCAGUGGAAUGGUGGAUGCACGAAGCAUACCAGUGUUAGCAAAAUGUCAAAAUUCAUAUAGCAUUAAAGUUGUACUUCAAGAACUAAGACAUCUAAUGAUGUCCAAAGAAAAUAUGAAGCUUCCACAGCCACCAGAAGGACAAACGUACAACAAUUAAUUUUAGUGAAUCUCAAACUUGUCUUAAAUCAACAACCUUCUACUCAUAUUAAUGUCUUGAUUAAAUAUCACAAUGCAAAAUUACCCACACAUUAAGUAAAAGAAUUCCAGCUGGUAAACAUGACCUGGACAUUUGUAAGGAUAUAUUUAAUAUAUGUACACCCAUUAUGUUUUCAGGUAACAGGAGGAAAAAUGCAGCACAAUUUUUCUUUCUUUUGUUAAGGCACUGUCAUUUAAACAUGAACCUGGAGUACUCGAAAUAGAAUUCAGGUUUACAAGAGGAAAGCAUGGCAAGAAGUGUCAGAUGCAUUGGAAACUUGCGUGUUUCUGAAAAGUAAAAUCUCAAGAAAGACAAACAAAAAUGGCAUGCUUUGUCCAUCUUGCUUAGUGAAAGAGCUGCAGUUGAAAUUGUUUAAGUAGCAGGUACAAUGAAUAUUGUCACAAAUUGUGGUAAUUUUUGAAGUGGUGUGGGUGCUGACUACUAGUAGUAUCAAAAAUAUGUUCAGGAUUGUUUUGAUACCUGUAUUUAUAAUAAAAAAUGUUGGGGAGGGGUUCGAUGGAUUUCUAUUAAAAGCUGUUCCUGUGUGUUACAUGUAACAUGGUAAAUAUUUGUUUACAGUCUUUGUUUAAUAAACCAUGCAUUCAAGUUUAAGUGAAGUCAACAAAAAGAAAAUAUGUGUAUGGAUAUGUGAUUUUGAGAUUAAAGUUAGUCUUAAAAUGUAAAUAAAAUGUGGAACGUGUCCUCAGAGACUGUGCCAUUUCUAUUAUAUUAAUGUAUAUGUGCAGUACCUUGCCAAGGUGGCAAAAAUUGGAAUUAUUGUAGCUUUUCAUUCAUAUACACCCUUUAUUAUUUAUCCUAUUUUGUAUACUUGUGAAUUGGGAUUUUCAGAGUAUCUACUUUAAAAAUUACAUAAUUAGUUUAAUUUCUAUUUCAACAAGGAGGAAU